UGUAAUGAGUAUGUUCUAUUGAGCAACAGAUUUCAGCCCUUGGCUUGUGCAGAUGAGUAACUAUUGGAGGGAAGGGAAACAAAACGGACAGAAUAGGAUGUGAAUGAUCAACUUAAAGAGGUUACAAUGAUAGGUGAUUCUUUGACAAAGUGUGUAGGUAAGAUAGUCUGUGGGGUAAAUAGGGAGAAAUAAUGAGAUUAUUCUACCCAGGGGCACGGGUGGAGGAUACAACUGGCAGUAGGAGCUAAUAAUGUAGGGAAAGUUAGAUCAGAGAAACUAAUUGAUAAGUACAAGGGGUUGAUAAAGACAUUUAAAGAAAAGGGACAUAACUUAAUUGUGUCAGGUAUACUACCGAAAAUUAUUUGUGGGAAAGAAAUUGCAAGCAGGUCACUUGGGCUUAAUGCUAGCUAGUCUUAGGUUAAUAUGUAAGGAUGAGUAGAUUGUCUGGUUAGACUUGUGGGAUCAGUAUAAUAGGAGAAGGGAGCUUUCCGGAAUGGAUGGUUUGCACUUAAAUAGGGUAGGGACUGGCAAAAGGAAAAUGCCCUACUUAGUGAAGACAGUGGUGACUGUUCUUCAUCAGAUAAAAAAUAUUACGCUGUAUUGAAUGAAAAUCAACCAUUGAAAGGAAUGAAUAAAAAAAGAGAAAAGGGGACACCGAAAGCUACACUAACUUCGAAACAAACGUGCAGUUCUAAUGAAAGAAUAACAAGAAACAAAAAGAUUCAUUCAACUUUCACAACUGUUCAAAGGGGAAAAUAUUCUGAAAACGACUACAAAAGUACUUUUACGACCAAGUCCCAUCAAUUGUCAUUACCAUCAAAAGAAUAUAUUUAUUCAUGCUCUGAAGAAGCUCGUGAUUCUUUAUCCCCAUUUCUCGAUGAAGACGGUUAUCUAGAACACCAGAAUAAAUUGUCGCAUUCUGUAAACACUCCACCAGUAACACCAAAUUACUUAGUUUCUUCAGAACAAGAACUUUCUGUAGUAUCUACGACAGACAAUGAAGGUGAAAAGUGUCAGAACAGUUAUAUGCAUAAUUCUGUAACUAGAUUGAAAGAAGCCAACUAUAGAAACAUUUCCACAGAGAAAACGUAUAAAGAAGACACUACUUCAAAACAGACACAAGUUUGGACAGAUGAAAAUUUUUGUUACGAUGAAAAGGAGGAAGAGGGUGUCUUCUCUUUACCAUCGAGCUGUGAAGAACUAUUCCCUAUAAAAAUAUCCAACUUGGCUGUCAAGGAGGAUAUGCUGCUGGAAGAUGCCGGAAAAGGGCUGCUUUGUGAUUUUUUUGAAAAGGAAAACCUCGAGACAGAGAGUUCUGCUUGUUAAUUUUAAU